CUGAGGUUGCGAGAGAAGGAGCGCCCCCCCACACCUCCCCCCCAAACCCACUUAGACCAAAAAGCGAACUGUGUCCAGGAGAAACUGAUCCAACAAGUGCUCAGCUGACAAGGAAGAGAGAAAAGAAGUAAUGGAGCACUCCAAACAGACACAGUACAGUUCAAAUGAGAAGAAGGACACCGGGGACGGAGGCUCCGUGCUCAACGGGCACUUUGACGGGAUGGUGAAGCGGCCAGCCGGCGGCACUGCGCGCGCCGCCGCUGCUCCCCAGGCACCGGGCGCAGAGUCCGGCUCGCACCGAGCGGCCACCUCGGUGAUGGAGAGCUGGAAGGAGGAGCGCACCAGGAGCGUAGAGGACAACGAGAUGAGCCUGCCGUCUCUGGCCGCAGCCUACACCACCAUCCUGCGGGGGCUCGGGGAAGACCCGCAGCGGCAGGGGCUCCUCAAAACUCCCUGGAGAGCCGCCACCGCCAUGCAGUUCUUCACCAAGGGCUACCAAGAGAAAAUUAUAGACGUGCUGAACGAUGCCAUUUUCGACGAAGACCACGACGAGAUGGUGAUCGUCAAAGACAUUGACAUGUUCUCCAUGUGUGAACAUCACCUGGUGCCCAUCUUCGGCAGGGUUCACAUCGGCUACCUCCCCAACAAGAGAGUUCUGGGCCUCAGCAAGCUGGCCAGGAUUGUUGAAAUCUACAGCCGUCGACUACAAGUUCAGGAGAGGUUGACCAAACAAAUUGCCGUGGCUAUCACUGAGGCCCUGCAGCCCACUGGGGUUGGCGUCGUCAUAGAGGCAACUCACAUGUGUAUGGUGAUGCGAGGCGUUCAGAAGAUGAACAGUAAAACCGUCACCAGCACCAUGUUGGGGGUUUUCAGGGAAGAUCCAAAAACCCGUGACGAGUUUCUGACGCUGAUCAGGAGCUGAGGAGGAUGAAGCUCUUCCUCCUCCUCCUCCUCCUCCUCCUGUUGCCUGGGGUUACCUCCGCCUGCACAGACCAGCCGUCGUGCUAAAUAUGUGUGUGUGUGUGUGUGUGUGUGUGUGUGUGUAUGUGUGUGUAUGUGUGUAUGUGUAUAUUUCCAUCUCACCAAAGGCAGUGACAGAGUGUUUACUGUGUUUUCAGUUAUUUUAAUUGUCAGAUAAGGUGAAUCGUUACCUCUGUGAUUUCUGUAUGGGCGGAGCUUGUUAGAGGCCGUUGACUGACAUGUUGUUUACUUUUAGACGAUGGGACAGACUUUACCCCUCAUGGCCAGGCAUGUUAUGUGUGCUCAUUGAUCAAAUAUCAGUCACGGCCUCGAAAUACAGAAGAAGAGUUUACAGAAAAAAAUCCACCCUUAAAAAAAAUGAGGGACGCUGGAAGUCAGUCUAUAUUAAACUGUAUGCAAGAGGUUUUCCUCCCUCUGUUGCCAAAUUACAUAUUUUGUGGAUUAGUUUGAAGUGAAAGAAGUAAAUAAACCCCUGCAGCAAACAGAUAUUAAAAAUGAACUUUACUUACUUACUAAAUGUUAAGGCACAAAAACAGAAAACAAGUUGAGGUAAAAACCUUGUAUACAGCAGGACCAGGUAUGGUCAGUGUGCAAAAUGGAGGACAUAGUUGAUGAUGUAUUAAGCUCGUUAGCAUGUUGAUGACAUCAUUACAGAAGCUAAUAGACUAUUCUCAGAUCGUCUGUUCUGUGUUACUUCAAAUUAAAUGUCCUCUGGUCAAGCACACAAGUAGUCUGAAGAUGUGAUGGGCCUUACUCACUUAUUUCUUACAUUUUACAGACUAAACGACAAAUUGAUUCACUGAAAAAAAAAAGAAGUGAAAGAUUAAUUGAUACUAACAAAAAGCCCUUGAUAGGAAACAUCUCUUCUAAAGCGAAUCCCUUUGUUUUCAAAUCCUUUCACGUGUCUGAUCAUAUUUUUGUGAUGACAACAUUUUAACACUCUGUCACACCUUAAAAACCUCAGUUUACACACUUUAACUAGAAGUGAUACCAUGAAGUUUCUAUUAUUUUAUAUUAUCAAAACAAGCAAAAACAACUAUUUCAACAUCAACCUGGACCUAACGUUUGGUGCAGAAUCAAGGAAAAACUAGCUAAAUGCAGACUGAAAUAAAAGGGCUGCAUCUGGAAAUGACACCUGUAUUCUAAUUUUUACAUGUAAUUUUUCAACGUCUUAUCGUUAUUAUUAUUAUUUUUAUAAUUAUUACUCCUGUGCGAGGAUCUGCCUGCAUGUGCCAACUCACCUCUCGAUUCAAACCAAAAAAGCGACUUCAUCAGUGAUGUGACGAGGCAGCCGGCUGUGCUGCAGAAUCACUGCCAUCUGAAAAUUCAAAAUUUUAAACUCCAUGAGAGGCAAAUCAAAUGUGUGUGUAUGUGUGUGUGUGUGUGUGUGUGUGUGUGUCUUUCACAGGUAUCAUCUCAGCAGAUGAACACUGUGGAUACUUGGGCAUGUCUUUGUGUUUACUCUUGUGUCAUUUGUCUUUUGCAGUUCGAUGCAUCAUAAUGUCCCCAGACAGAUUUUUGAAGGUUUUAAAAAGUGUAAUGUGGUGGUGACUGGAGUUGUGUGUGUGUGUGUGUGUGUGUGUGUGUGUGUGUGUGUGUGUGUGUGUGUGUGUGUGUGUGUGUGUGUGUGUGUGUGUGUGUGUGUGUG